AUGGAUGAGCGGAAGAACCCCGUCGAACAUUCCUCUGAGUCCGUCCACACAUCCCGGCCCGCAGGAUGGAUGUACAAGCAACGCACUAUCGGCAAGUGGUCGACGAGCUGGUAUGCCUCGCCACGGAUUCAGCUAGGCAUGGUCGCCUUCGUAUGCUUCCUCUGCCCAGGCAUGUUUAACGCCCUGAGCGGUUUGGGCGGCGCUGGCAAAGCCGACGCUAGCUUGGCCGAUAAAAUGAACAUCGCCUUGUACAGUACCUUUGCCGUGGUGGGUUUCUUCGCGGGAACUAUCGUUAACCGUCUCGGUGUCCGCCUCUCCCUGUCUAUGGGUGGAGUUGGCUAUUGUAUUUACUCCAUUAGUCUGGUCGUCUCGGAACAUAAGGCUGUCGAUGGCUUUAACAUCUUCGCCGGUGCCUUCCUCGGUGUGUGCGCCGGUCUUCUCUGGGCCGCCCAGGGCACCAUCAUGAUGUCGUACCCGCUUGAGGACCAGAAGGGCCGCUACUUCGCCUGGUUCUGGGGUAUUUUCAACAUCGGUGCUUGUAUUGGUAGUUUGAUCCCUCUCGGUCAGAACAUCCAUGUCAGGGAGAACAAGACCGUCGGCGACGGCACCUACAUCGCUUUCAUCGUCCUUAUGGCUGCUGGUGCCGUUCUUGCGCUGUGCCUCUGUGACGCCGACAAAAUCGUGCGCUCCGACGGCUCGCGCGUUAUCCUCAUGAAACAGCCCUCCUGGAAGACGGAAAUCGUGGGUCUAUGGGAUACUCUCCGCCAAGAACCCUGGAUCGUCCUUCUGUUCCCGAUGUUCUGGUCCUCCAACUGGUUCUACAUCUACCAGCAGAACGCCAUCAACGGCGCCUACUUCAAUACCCGCACCAAGGCCCUGAACGGCUUCCUGUAUUGGUUCGCCCAGAUCGUCGCUGCCGUCAUCAUUGGUCCCCUGCUUGAUAUCAAGAGCAUUCGUCGCACGGUCCGUGCCAAGGCAGCAUUGGUGGGUCUGUUCAUCUUGACGGUUGUCAUCUGGGGAGGUGGAUACGCUUGGCAGAAGAGGUAUGACCGGGACGAUGUCAACCCAGAAAUCCACCCCGAGUUCAAGGGCUGGGAUUGGACUACCAAGGGCUACGUUGGACCCAUGUUCCUUUACUUCUUCUACGGCAUGUACGACGCCAUCUGGCAGGGCAUUGUCUACUGGAUCAUGGGUGCUCUCGGUAACUCCGGCCGUAAGCUCGCCAACCUGGCAGGAUUCUACAAGGGCCUGCAAUCCGCCGGCUCCGCCGUGAUGUGGGCACUAGACAGUGAAAAGAUCCCCUUCAUGAACGAAUACGCCUCCAACUUCGGUCUCCUCUGCGGCUCGAUCCUCGUCGCCGUCCCGGUCGUCUUCUUCAAGAUCAAGGACCACAUCGACGCUGAGGACGAAAUCGCCGGUACCGGCGAGACCCUCGAGAACGUGCUGCCCCCCGGCGCCCUGGAGCAGAAGCACACCGGCAACGAGAAGAUCUAA